AUGGGCAUUUACCCCUUUCGCCAAAACUUCCCCACCACUCUCAAAGGAGUUGUAAGGGAGUGGUUUACAAAGUUACCAACAUCAUCCAUUGACAGUUUCGAACAAUUGAGCAAUGCCUUUUUGCGCCAUUUCGUCGGGGGGCAACGUCCUAAGAGGCUAGCAAACCACUUAGUCACCAUCAGGCAAGGGAAGAAAGAAACCCUGAGGUCGUACGUGAAACGCUUUACUCGGGAGACCUUGGAGGUGGACGAAGUUGACGACAAGGUGCAAUUGACGACCUUUAAAGCGGGGUUGAAGUCUAGGGAGUUCGUGGUCUCACUCGCGAAGAAUCCUCCUAAGACAAUGGUAGAGAUGCUCCUGAAGGCACAGAAGUACAUGAAUGCUGAAGAUGCAUUAGCUGCCAUAAAGGACGUAGAAAAGUUGGGAGACAAGGGAAGGAAGGAGGACAAUCGUAGAAGACAAAAAAGGGAGCGUCCAGAUCGUUGGAUCAAUGAAGGGGGUAAAAGGAAAGAUGAAAAAACUCCUCGAACGGUAAAAUUCACUCCUUUAGUUAUGCCUGUUGACAAAAUUUUGGCGCAAAUUAAGGAUGAGCACUACCUCAAAUGGCCAAGGCCAUUACAUUCAUCCCUCAACGUCCGUGACAAGAAGAAGUACUGCCGGUUCCACAAGGAUCACGGCCACUACACAGAGGAUUGCAGGGACCUAAAGGAACAGAUAGAGGAGCUUAUAUCAAAAGAGAAACUGCAGAAGUAUGUGAAAAAGGGGGAAUCUAGUAGAUUCAGAGGUGAUAACAAGAACCUGCGUGAAUUUUCACCCAGUGAUGAGGAUUACACGUCCCAACGCCUACCAAAUGUGAUCGGGGAGAUCAAGACGAUCACAGGUGGCCCAUCCACGGGUGGGUCGUUUAAAUCCCUCAAGAAAGCGUAUCAAAGGCAGGUGAACAUCGUCCACAGGAUGCCUCCAUUCAAACAAAGAUGGACGGACCAAGACAUGUGUUUCCCAGAAGAAGAUGCUAGGGGGGUGAAGCAACCUCAUGAUGAUCCUUUAGUCAUAAUGGUCGUGAUAGAAGGAUUCAAUACUAGGAGAAUCCUCGUGGAUAAUGGUAGCUCGACAGACAUCAUCUGCCUCUUCGCUUUCCAGCAGCUGAAAUUAGAUCCAGGAAGGUUGCGCUCAUUUGACUCUCCCUUCGUCAGUUUCCGUGGUGAUAGGGUGUAUCCCAAAGGCAUAGUGACGUUGACGGUGACAGUGGGGACUCACCCAAGACAGUUGACUCAUCAGCUAGACUUUUUGGUGGUAGACUGCCCUUCAUCUUACAAUGUGAUCAUCGGGAGACCCACUCUUAACUGCUGGAAAGUAGCCACGUCUACUUAUUGCUUGAAGGUAAAGUUCCCAAUAGAGAAUGGCGUGGGCGAGGUGAAAGGGGAACAAGUAUUGGCCAGGGAAUGCUACCAAACAGUGUUAGCUGUAAAAGAAAACCAUACAUGGAUGAUCGAGGAGAAGGAGGAAGAUAAAGUGGAAGCCCCGGAGACAGUAGAGUUGGUCGAAGGCGAGACAGCAAAGAUGACCAGAAUAGGGACGACACUAAGUCUCGAGAUGAGGACGAGACUUGUCUAG